AAAGGGUUUGCGUUACGGCAUUACGUGUACGCAUCAUGGGUCUGACAAUCUCAUCGGUCUUCCAAAGAUUAUUUGGGAAGAAGUCCAUGAGGAUUUUAAUGAUCGGACUUGAUGCUGCAGGGAAAACGACAAUACUGUACAAGCUUAAGUUGGGUGAAGUAGUCACAACAAUUCCAACAAUUGGAUUCAAUGUAGAAACUGUAGAGUACAAAAAUAUUAAUUUCACAGUAUGGGAUGUAGGUGGUCAAGAUAAAAUUCGACGCCUAUGGAGACAUUAUUUCCAGAAUACACAAGGUCUCAUAUUUGUGGUUGAUAGCAAUGAUCGUGAUCGUAUCAGUGAAUCUGCUGAGGAAUUGAAUAAAAUGCUUUUGGAGGAUGAACUACGAGAUGUUGUUAUUUUAGUUUUUGCAAAUAAACAAGAUUUACCGAAUGCUAUGUCUACUGCGGAAGUUGCUGAAAAGUUGCGUUUACGCGAUAUUCGAAAUAGACCUUGGCAUAUACAACUUGCUUGUGCUACUCAAGGUGAAGGACUAUUCGAAGGAUUAGACUGGCUAUCAAAUGAGUUAUCUAAACGAUCCUAG